UGUUUUUGCAGCGAUAGCCCUCGCCCCAGGAACAGCAAUCCUGGGAGAGCUGUCUACUCCAUCGAUACUGACAAUGAGUGGACAGUUUUAGAGGGGGAUCGGUUAUACGUUUCUCUGACGGAUUCUAGUGGUUAUUUGGAUGCAAACAUGGAUAUAUAUUGUCAGAGAGAUAUGGAGUGAUAUGUUUGAGCUUUGGAUACUUUAGGGACCUAUUCGCCGGUACAUUGGCGUUCGCCACCUUUCUUUAACUGUAUAUCUGUUAUUUGUGCGGAAGCCUCAACCUGAAUAUUUUUAAUGUUUCAAUUUGGUAGGAGGGGAGGUGGGUAGACAAGUGGGAAGGAAAACGCGGUGACGGUGUAGAUAUUGGAUUAACAAAACACUCAUAUUUCGGUAGGACAGUAAAUUGUACGUCUUUUAGGAAGUAGACGCGAAUUGUGCACUGCAGUAUUUCGUAUAUUUUCUCUGCAGCAAAUGAUCCAGAGAUCUAGCGCUGUGCUGUGCGCUUACUUGACUGCAUUUUUGGGCAAAAUAGACUGGCGGCGUUUUGCGGUUGGUGUGGCGGCAUAACAGCCGAUGGAGGAGAGAAGAUAUCCGUGAAUACCAUGCAUAUUUAGAACCUACUUUAACAGAAUGAAGUGACUGGAAUUUAAUACAGCAUCAUUACGCUGUUUCCGGUUUCCUAGCUGGUGUUUCCCUAUUGCAAAUUUAUUGGAAAAAAGCAGCGGAUCCCGAUGGCAUGGACACUUACGCAAGGUCUGCCGCGCUGCCGAGCUACUGGAGCCUAUUUGCAAUCUCUUUCUUCAACCCAGCUCCACCGCCAUCGCCCCGCUGCCCAGAGAGCCCUGCCGCAACGCGACCAGCGACCACCGAGCCAAAGCAGGCGGCAUGAGGCUUGACUCAGUACAUUUAUCCAUGCUGGUCAUCGGGGUCUCCUUCGCCUGCUACUCCCCGAGUUUGAAUUCCCUGCAGGACCAGGCUCACAAAUCCACCGUGGUGAUCGAGGGCAAGGUGCAGUCCGCGCCUCUGAACGUCUCAGCGGAGCCGUACAGUGUGAAUGUCAAAGUCCUGGACGUGUGGCCGCGAAACAGCGGGGGUCUGGAGCGGGAGCAGCUCGUCACCGUGGGGGAAUUUAGCUCGGAGGCUCCGUGCGCCAAAGUGAAAAAGAACCACAAGUACAUUUUUUUCAUGGACCCCACCGACGAGCCAUUGGUUUUCAAGGCAUCAUUUGCACCCCUAGAUGCUAGUGGGAAGAAUCUAAAAAAAGAUGUUGGGAAGAUCUUAUGUGAGGACUGCGCCGCCCCAAAGCUGAAGCGCAUGAAAAGCCCCGUGUUUGUGGCGGAAGGCAAGAGACACACGCUGAAGUGCGAGGCCUCGGGCAGCUCCAUCUCCUACAAGUGGUACAAAGAUGGCAGCGAGCUCAAGAAGAGCAAAGAGAUCAAGAUCAAGAUGGGCAAAAGAAACUCCAGGGUCCAGAUUAACAAUGCCAGACUCGAGGACUCUGGGAACUACACAUGUGUGGCCGAGAACAUUCACGGAAGGGAGAAUGGCACGAGCACCGUGCAUGUCCAAAGCAUAACCACCACACUAUCCCCGGGCUCUGGUCAUGCCAGAAGAUGCAACGACACGGAGAAGGCCUACUGUGUGAAUGGCGGCGACUGUUACUUCAUACAUGGUAUAAAUCAGCUUUCGUGCAAGUGUCCAAAUGACUUUACUGGUGACCGCUGUCAAACCUACGUUAUGGCCAGUUUCUACCAGUCUCUUGGGAUUGAAUUUAUGGAGGCAGAGGAGCUUUAUCAGAAGAGAGUCCUGACAAUCACCGGGAUCUGUGUGGCUCUGCUGGUGGUGGGCAUCGUCUGUGUCGUCGCCUACUGCAAAACCAAUCUGCCCCCCAGGAAACAGAAGAAGAAGAUGCACAAUCACCUGCGGCAGAACAUGUGUGUGGAUCACCCCAACCGCAACCUGGCCAACGGACCCAAUCACCCCGGCCCAGGCCCAGAGGAGAUACCUAUGGUCGAUUAUAUCUCCAAGAACGUCCCAGCCACAGAGCGUAUCAUUCAGCAUGGAGCGGCAGUUUCGUUUCCAGGCAGCCGAGCGUCUUCCAGAUCCCACAACUCGUCCACCCACGCCCAUUCCUCCACUCAGAGAUACCAGCCUUACCUUAUCACACACAGCUGGUCACAGCGGCCUGCCUCCAUUCACCACCCACCGUGGUUAUAUCUCAGACACGAGGAGCGUACCUGGAGCCUGGAGCGGACGGACAGCAUCAUGUCGGACUCCCCGGGCAUGAUGUCGUCCUCAGUGGGGACCAGUAAAUGCAGCAGCCCAGCGUGCAUGGAGGCACGGGCUAGGCGGGCAGCCCACUGUGGCUACUCAGAGCCGCACCGGGGCAGCCUGCAGUACGGAGACUCCUUCGACUCCCUGGGGGAUUCUCCACACAGUGACAGGUAUGUGUCCGCCUUGACCACGCCGGCCCGCCUGUCGCCCGUGGACUUCCAUUACUCACUGCCCCCGCAGGUGCCUACCUUCCAGAUCACCUCCCCUAACGCCAGCCACGCCAUGUCCUUGCCCCCGGCCGCACACACCCCCUACCCGCUGGAGCUGGAGGACGAGGCGCCCCUACUGCUGCGCCGCUACCAGGUGCCCCUGCACGAUGCCCAGCCGCGCCCGGGAGGCCCGGGCCACGACAGCUACCGGCAGCAGCGCCGCAGCGCCUACCUGAACGACAGCACGGGCAGCCUGCCGUCCAGCCCCUACCGGCCGGCGGGCGAGGACGACGAGUACGAGACCACGCAGGAGUACCUCUCCUCUCUGGAGCAACCAAAGAGAAGCGGCGGCGGCGGCGGCGGCGGCGGAGGCAGACGCUGGCGGAGGUCCAGACUGAACGGCCACGUGUCGCCGCGGGGCUACGAGGAGGCCGCUGCGGCCGCGCGGGCCGGCCGCCUGUCGGACAGCGAGUCAGAGGAGGAGGAGGGCGAGAACACGCCCUUCCUCAGCAUGCAGAACAUGAACGCCGAGCCGGCCAUCAUCUACAGACCGGCCGACAGUCGGACUUCACACGCGUCGGGCCGGCACAGCGCUGCUCGUGGGACCGCCGCACAGACCAGACUCACGCACUCACGGUCCAAAGCGGACAAUGUGCCCCACUAGAGCCAGUGAGAGAGGAAUGGAAAAAACAACCUAUCAACAAGAAAUCAAUAUACUAUAGACCUGCACCUAUAAGAAAUAUUUUUAUUUUAUAUAACUGACAGAUAUUCUAAACAAAUGAAAUAUUUAUUUUCAUUUUAGCAAAAGUUGUCUACUAGUUAACAGCAAAGACUUUUUUUAUAGGGAAAACUCUAUUUAUAUGUACAUUUUGAUUUACAGCAUAAAAAAGACGUGCCAAUUUUUUCACAACUUAAAAAAUAGAGUAAUAUUGUGGUGCCUUUUGCUGUAUGCCGAUACCAGAGGGCCAAUGGAGUUUUUUGUAGCCUUUCUUAUAUGGACGCCUCAUUUUUUAUACACAUUUAUUCUUUUUGUUCUCUCUGUUUGGCCUCCUUCCUUUCUUUUUCAGGUUGUGUUCUCUUUUUUUUGGAGCAAACCCCCAUCUGAACUGUGACAUUGCCCCUGUCAUCAUUCAUGCAAUAUAAACCACUCAAACAUAAGGUGUAUGUUUACAUGAAUAUAAUUCACAUAAAUGUUUAUUAUUAUUAUUAUUAUUAUUAUUAUUAUUAUUAUUAUUAUUAUUAUUAGCUUUUCAAACAGGAGUCCUGACAAAUGCAAAGAGGGACUCUUUGACUUUCUUUUCUGAAAAAUGAAGGGCAGGGUGCAUGUUAUAUGUCUCUCCAAACAUGUCGUCUUAUCCCGCCCAUGCUGUCCCCCUGGUGUCCAGUGCGAGGUGUGGGGAGCACUGAGGUCGGCCCUGGUGUCCAGUGCGAGGUGUGGGGAGCACCGAGGUCGCCCGCUGGGGCUCACGGCGUGAGCAGAGAGGGGGACGCUGGGUUGCGGGUGUGAGGAUGGGUGGAUGCCGCUGCUGCUGCUAGUGUGAUGGGGUUUGACAUGUGGUCAGCUGAUAUGCAGUUUAUCAGCCCCCUCCCCUCCCCCCUCCAAGAAAACAAGCUUCUGGACAUAUGGGUGUCCUUUUACCUCAGAAGGAUUUGUUUAAUUUUGUUGUGGCUUUGGUAAAGUCAAGGCAAAGGAAGUUAUAUUUGACAGAAGGCCAUGGUUGUAUGGUAAUUCACAAAACAAUACAAAACAAAGAAAAAAAGAAUUGAAUGCAUUCCACCAAACGCAUCUCAUGUUUCCCAUGAUCCUCCAUGUGCCCUCAUGUAUCCCUCUGUUUCAGCAGCUCACAUAGGGAACCAAACAGUGUCUCAGGAGCUUUCUGGCACGCCAACACACACAGACUGACACACACAGACACACACACACACACACACACACACACACAGACUGACACAUGCCCAAAGAGUCACUCACACACACACACACACACACACACACACAUAUACACCCUGCACUCUUGGAACCCUCCGCUCAAACACACACACACAGCUAUCAAACCUAGAAUCUCAUUAGUCGUUAGAACAGGCCCUCUUCCUGUAAACUUUGUCCCGUUUCCCCCAGUGGGUUAAAGGGAGACAAAGAGACAAAGACAGACGAAGGAAGUUCGUUCACACAAUCAAGAGGACUCAAUGAAUAAUUUGAGGGGUCAAGAAAAGCCAGAAUAUGCUGCCUUUAUAUUUAGCCUUGUCCGAUGAUGAUUUCUAGAAAACACUUGUGCAGUGUUUAUAAACUGUGAUUUCCUGACAUGUUUUUUUUUUCCGUAGUGCAUACCAAAUGAUGUUCAUAUAUUAUUAUUAUUAUUAUUAUUAUUAUUAUUAUUAUUAUUAUUAUUAUUUGCUUUGGCUUUGUGCACUGAUUAAUGUUAUUUCACCUAGAUUGUCUAAACUUCAAGCAACCUCACUUUUACUUUCAGUGGUAGAUGAAAUGAAAACAACUGACAGACAUGUCACUCCACUUUGUCUUUCACACAUUUUUAAGUCAGAUGGCCUCCAGCUAUGAGAGAAAAAAAAACUUUAUGCCAUUAUCCAGCCUCUUGUGUGGAAAAGACAAAUGUGAAUAAAGAUGAACUAUUUCAGUGACAAGAGUGUAAUAAUAGCCUACAUUGGCAUAUUUUCAGUUAAUGUGAGGGGAGGGAGCUGAUGUUGUUGAAAACUAUCCAGUACAUCAAUGAAACAAAUAAAAAAACAAAGUUAUAUGUUUAGAAGAAAAAGCAGCCAUUUUGAAAGGUAGAGCUCCAACAGUACAGUUUUGUGACAAAACAGUGACACGGGCAUACUUUAGUCUAGAAAGGGUUUCCACUCACAGCAAUCCCACAAUCCCUCUGUCCAUCCCCCUUACAUUGCAUUUAGACUCUUAUUUGUAUAUUUGAGAAAUGCAAAAAAAGAAAGAGUGUGCUUCUCUAGUUAGUUUUAAUGUGACCCCCCCCCCCCCCUGACCCAGCCCCAACUAGAAUUUUGACAGUUAUGUCCUGCCAGUUUCUUUUCGACUGUUCCUUUUUGGAUUUCUUCCUCGCUUGAAACGUUUAACCCCACCCCCGACCCUGCAUGUCCUUGUGGUCAAGGUUAGAUGGGUGCAUGGUAAAAGCAGCAGACAUUUUUCCAGUCAGUGAAAGUGUGUUUCAUUUAACAUUCAGCAAUAAAAAAGAACCCCACCCCUACCCCCCAACUCCCACUCCAUGUCCAUUCUUGGAAUAUGCUAGAGAAAAAAGAAGAAAAUGCAAGAUUGUCAUAGAUUGUAAAUUUAAAAAAAAUGAAAAAGAACCCAUCUGUUCUUAUGGCAAAAUAAAUCUUUAUUCGUAUAAUUUUAAACAAAUGUGGUCAUAUCUGUGCAAGGACACGCUAUGUGUUAAAAUAUGUCCAUUCAGAUGGGCUGUCUGAUAUUGGAACAGCAGCAGGGUCUAUAGAAAAGCACUUGUAUGAAUUGUUUGCCCUUGCCAUUUGACCUGGUCACUGUGAGACGGUCAAGUCUGCAAAUGUUGGAGAGAGCAAUCACCACAGUUUCCAUGAGUAAAUCUCCAUCUGGCCCAAGCAUUGCAGGCUUAGAUGUCAGCUUGACCAUACCAGCACUAUAUACAACUGAGUACUAUUAGCUCCCAUUGCCUCCAAGAUCUAUCAGAGUGUCAGAGCAUUGCAUUUGAUGUAAGACAAGACACAAAACCAUGAAGUUGAACUAUUGCUCAGCACAUCGAUUUCCCUCUCUCUCCUCUGUGUGUGUGGAUGUGUGUGUGUUUUUGUGUGUGUUUGUGUUUGUGUGUGUGUGUGCUAUAGUUUGACAGCAUGGUAGACUGUGCAGAAAUAAAUGUAUAGGUGUAAUAAAGUUUCAACAUUCCGUGUGUGUGUGUGUGGUAGAGUCACACCCCAUUGUGUACGGAGAAAGUUACUGUCAGAAACUAUUUGUUCAUUGUAUAUGUAUUACAUAACUCUAAUUAGGAUAUUUUAGAUUAUGACAUUGUCUAUGUAAUGGUUAGACACCUAAGCAUUUACAUAAUGUGUGUGUGUGUGUGUGUGUGUGUGGGAGAGAGGGAGAGAGAAAUAGAUGUGUCCAUGGGAGGUCAUGUCGGUGUGUAUUGGGGGCGAUGUUUUUAAGAGCCGCCAAAGGGAGUUGUUAGUGUGCUUCACACAUCCAGCUGCACGGGGCUGAGGCCUCGGUGUCAAGCAAUUCCCCCUGACCUGGGAGACGUUUCCAAGACAUUCAUCUGGGUUCCAUCACCACCAGACACAUGUCUUUCCCCCGACGACCCUGAUCAACUAUCAGUUUUUAUGUGUUUUGUUCUUUCUGGUCAACGCUGACAUGCUUAAACCUGAAACAUAUGCUUCACAAUGUUUUAGUUUAGUUGCCAAACAAAAAGCUUGAACAAACCAGUCUAUGACAGCUCUCCUACUUAACAUAGAUGGUGUGCAUGCAACAACCUGCAUGGGGUGUACUAGUUAAUUACCUCAGGAGAGGUCUUUUACUUUUUACCUAGCCAUGCAAAUUGCAGUGAGAUCCUACUGCUUCAUAGAGUGAAACUUAGUAAUAGUCAUUGCAGUGUGGGAAGUGCUCCUUAGGGAUAUGUUUUCCAGUUAUGUAUGCAAAUUGUCAUUGUCUGGAGACAAACCUCUGACACUUACGGUUGGCUCAGUUCUGGUGCAAGGAGUACUAACGGAUGUCUCCAAUACAAAGCUUGUUUUCCAUUUUUUAAUCUGCAUUAAAAAAGAGAUUUAAUACGAC